AUGGAGACUAUUGAUUUGGGUCCACUCACCUCCGAACAAGCUAUAGGUGAUGCAAUUGAUUCAUUGAAGGCGGUUAAUGAAACGCUGAGAGCUGAAAUAGAGAAGAAUAGAAGAUUGGAGAAGGAAAUAAGUGCGUGGAGGAACUAUGUCCAGCAAUUUCAGCAACCAUUGAGACAUCAAAGUUCGACAGCCACACCACCACCUUUGCUUCCUCCAGAAUUAGUUGAUCAUAUGGAGAAGAUGAGGAAUUCGAUGCAGUUGAUGGAUACAUGGAUAGAGGAUUCAUAUACUAGAGUCAAUAGUGACGAGGAGAAGGUGGUGAUGAAUGUGGUGAAUCGUGUGUUAAAAGAAUUGAAGAAGGUGAGAUUAGAUGUUGCCAAGCAUCCGGUGGGUUUGGAUGAAGCUGAACAUGACUUUCACAAUAUUUCACUUCAAUCUGCUGGGCCAAUACAAAUUGUGGGCAUUUGGGGCAUGGGUGGUGCAGGCAAAACCACCCUUGCAAAGCAUCUCUAUAACAAGAAAUGCUUGAACAUUGGUCGCUCAAGUUUUCUUUCCGAUGUUCGUGAGGCUGCAAGGAAAGAGGUUUUACAUGAGAAACAAAAAAAGCUUCUAGAAGACCUUGACAUCAAAGGCAAAGGAGCGUUCUUUGACAAUGUAGACCAAGGUAAAGAGAUUCUAAAAAGCCGUUUGAGAUCUGUUCCUGUGCUUAUUGUUUUAGAUGAUGUGGAUCAUACAGACCAACUAGACACUCUACUGCCAGAAAGGGAGAGCCUUGGCCAGGGAAGUCUGAUUAUUGUUACCACACCUUUUUUGUUGGCAUGCAUUGGACAACCCUCUCCAUUGGUGGAAUUCAAGGAACUUGCUCAAAAGUUCAUAAAUGCUUGCCAUGGUUUGCCUUUGUCACUCAAGGUCUUAGGGGGUCUUCUCUAUGGGGAGUCCAGCAAGAAGUAUUGGGAGUCUCAGUUAGACAAAUUGUCCAGAAUAGUACCAGAUGACAUCAAAUUGAGGCUCAAAAUAAGCUAUGAUGCUCUAGAUAAAGAAGAAAAAGAGAUGUUUUUGGAUAUAGCGUGUUUAUUCAUUGGAUGGAGAAGCAGUGAGGCAAUUGCAGUAUGGGAUGGAUCAGAGUGA